CCUCAACUCUUUGAGUUCAUUUAACUUUCGCAAUGGUCGAGUGCGUUACACCAAAAUGUAACUGAUUCCGUCGAAAUGAAUGUAAAACGACAAAACGUCGUUACAGGAGUGGCGAUUUUCUUUGUUUUUGUUGUGGUUGUGACUGUAUGUAGCCUAAAGGCGAAUGUUCAAAAUGAUGAGCCUUUGGAGCAAGUCUCCGACAAACCCGACAUUCCAAAGGCUGUGAAAAACUGGCCGAAAAAGGCGCUUAAACUGGGACAAGUGUCGGGAGUCUCCGUGAAUUCCGCCUUUCAACCCGUUAUAUUCCACCGUGCAGACCGAGUUUUUGACCAAUACACAUUUAACUCAACAAACCACUUCCAACAACUCCAUUUGGGACCAAUAGCAGAACCCACAGUUCUCACUCUCGACCCCCAAACCGGGCAAGUCUUGGGCCAAUGGGGCGAGAACUUCUUCUUCAUGCCCCAUGGUUUGACCAUCGACCGACACGACAACUUAUGGGUGACGGACGUGGCCCUCCAUCAAGCCUUCAAAUUCAAACCGGGGGAAUUGAGCCCCGUUUUGACUUUCGGUCAACGGUUGACGCCCGGUUCCGGCAAAAACCACUUGUGUAUGCCGACUUCGAUCGCUGUGGCGUCGGAAGGCGAAGUCUUCAUCGCUGAUGGUUACUGCAAUAGCAGGAUUUUGAAGUAUAACGCUGCAGGAGUCCUGCUUAGGGUUAUUCCAAGUCCUCCAGAGUUUUUGUCACUGCAAGUGCCCCACGGACUCGCCCUUAUCGAAUCAUUGGACCGAUUGUGCGUAGCUGACAGGGAAAACAUGAGGGUGACUUGUCCCAGAGCCGGAUUGUACAGUAUGAAAGGGAAAUCCGAGCCGGCACUUACUAUUCAACAACCCGAUAUGGGACGAGUGUUUGGAGUGGCAGCAAAAGGAAAACUGAUUUAUGCCGUAAAUGGACCAACUAAUCAGCUACUACCGGUCCAAGGACUUACCAUUGAUCCUCAAGCUGAAGCCGUUAUUGAUCACUGGGCCCCAGAAGAGGGCUUCGGUAACCCCCACGCCAUCGCUGUGUGCCCCAACGGUUCGGCCCUGUACGUGGCCGAAAUCGGUCCAAACCGGAUCUGGAAAUUCGAACUAGUCCCGCCGAAGAAGAAGUAAAAAAUAUCAAAAAACGGAAUUUAAUUUAUAAUUUUUCAAGAACUACACAAUAGUUUAGUUGGAUGUAUAGGUGGUCACAAAUUGUGUAUAGAAAUUGUUAAACUUUGCACAUUGCUGUACCAUCAUUUCUAUAGACAAUAAAAGAAAAAUGUCCCGUUUUA